UUCUCGUAGAUUAUCGCGUUAGUGUAAGCGUCGUGACCGCAACAGACUUUGUUCACUGUUGAUACAAAGCUUAUUUUAGUUAAAAACAUAUCAAGAAAAAUGAAUUCGUAUAAUAAACUUUACAGUGUUUUACAAAAGCUCGAUCCCUUGUCUGAUUCUCUUUGGCCUUACCUAAUCAGUUUGUGUGUUGGAUUAAUCAUUGUGAUAAGAAUGUACAUGGGCGGUUCUGUGUGUCCGAGUGACGACCGCAUCGAUGGUGAGGUCGUAAUUAUUACUGGCGCUUCCAGUGGAAUUGGCAAAGAAAUCGCUUUGGAAUUAGCUCGCAGAGGUGGUCAUAUUAUCUUAGCCGUCAGAGAUGUGGCAGCCGGAGAAAAAGUGGCGCGUCAAAUCCGAGAUAUAUCUGGACGUGAUGCGGACGUUAAGGCAAUCGAUCUUUCUUCGCUGAAGAACGUACAGAACUUUGUCAACUUGUUGGGCACGGAGAAAAUAGAUAUAUUGGUGAACAAUGCUGGAAUUGUUUUUCAUCCGUUUGAAAAAACUACGGAAGGAUUCGAAAUGCAUUUUGUAACGAAUUAUUUAGGUCACUUCUUACUUACUCAAUUGCUCCUACCAAGACUAUAUGCAGCUAGACAAAGCAGGAUAAUAAACAUUUCCUCACAAGCACACACGAUCAGUACUGUGCACGUGGAGGACCUGAAUUUAGAAAGAAACUAUACUGCAAGAGAAGCUUUCGGUCAGAGUAAACUGGCAUUAAUCUUGAUGGCGAGACACAUGAGCAAAUUAUUAAAAGAUACAAAUGUCACGAUUAAUACCGUAAAUCCCGGUAUUGUGAGAGGCACGAGGCACAUGCGAUAUUCGCCUUUCAAUUCGACAUUCUUAAUUAAGCUGAUAAUGCAACCAUGGAUGUGGUUAUUCCUGAAAAGUGCCGUUCAAGGUGCCCAAACUGCUGUUUACGUGGCCGUGAGUAGAGAAUUAAAGAAGCAUUCUGGAAAGUAUUUCAGUGAUUGCCAAGUGCAGAUGCCGUCGAUAAAUGCCACCGACGAUGUAAUGGCUGAAAAACUGUACACAAAGUCUCUUAUAUUGGUAAAACCUUACGUGCGUGAAUCUCAAAUUAAUCAUAAAGAAUGAUUCAAAAUAUACAUCUUAUCGCUUACAUUCUGUACAUUAUAGUACAUAUAAGUUAGCUUUAUAAAUAAUAAAAAGUUGCUCAAGUGUAUAAAUAAUAAAAAGGAGAAAAAUUCAAAUAUCGAGAGAGGAAAAGUUAAUUAUAUAUAUGUAUAUAUAUAUUUAAAAAUAAACUACAUUUGACACAUG